GUGUAUUUCCUGUAAUGGCUGACCAAAGCAACGUAGGACGUUUUAGAUAGAUUAAUUGGAUAUUCUUUCAAGUUUUCAUAGCUUUGGGAGGCCGAUGGCAAACGUACAGCCUUCCAAUCAACAAGUUGGAGAAAUGGAGAGUUUGUCAAACAUGCUGUCACCUGAGGCGAAAGAAUUCGUUCCACGGCAAUUCUCCGGCAUGCCAGGUAUAUCAGGUCCGUUAACAGACGGCUUGUUGGGUCCUGGACCCGGAAAAGAUCAGUCCGGUGUGAACGGGUUACCAAGUUAUAUUACCACAUGCUAUCCUUUUGUUAAUGCUGGAGAGCCAAGAUUUGGUGGUGUAAGACCAAGACAUAGAGGAAAAUAUACGCCACAACAGGCACUGUAUAUGUCGCAGCAGUUUCAACAUAUACAGCCAGGUAUAUCUCGGAACCGAUUCCCUCACCCAGGUAAAGGCUACGUUCCCACAUCCGGUUGGGGCCCGACGGCCAUUGGUGACAUGAUGCAAUCGUACGGUAACGUACCGAACGGUAUGCCAUUUGACGGGGGUACAUAUCAGAACGGAUUUAUACAUACCUCUCAGCUGACUGGGUCUGGAGAUGGGAAAGAAUAUUCCAGUGCGAGGCAGAACUUUUCUGGUGAUAAUUUCAUAGAAACAACCCAUUUACUGAACGGCUUCAAGGAGCCUGUCAAUCAACAGUGGAAAACUAAACAUAAAUCAGAAGCUAACCGUGAUGGAACCAUGAAAAUAUGCUACAAGAGUUCAUCUGUUCAAACAGAUUUUCCGGAGCACAUCGCCAGCGCAACAUUGGAAGAAUUACCAAACACCUUGUAUAAUAAUGGUCAAGUGGCUUAUAAAGACCAUCAUAAACCUGGCAGCAGACGGUCACGUCAUUCAUCGAACCGGAGCGCGUCCGACAUCGACACUGAGGACGGUAUGUUACUAGGACGUAACACCGUCUCCAACGGUACCAAUCCGUCGACCGAGUUCACUGAAGGUAUCUGUGUAGCCAGCCUGGCUGUAUCUGAUAACCAAUUUAGUCACAUGACCAAUAACUCUGGUUCGUUAUCUACUGCUUAUACUGUGUAUUCUGGUGCCCCAGGGUUCAAAGGUCAGGGUCACAAUGAAAGUUCGAGUACUAUGCAUGGUACGGUAAAUUCGGUGCCUUAUUUAAAUGAUAGUGGUGUAGAGCCUACGUUUAGGCGGUCUUAUGCAAGUAUUGCUCAAACAAACCCUAGUCAGACUCAUAAACAAAACUUGGUUGCCGCGGCAACCGAUCAAGGUGAACAGGCCAUCUGUGAUAAUAGUGUUACUGUAAAUAGAACUACGUCCGCUAAAAAGUAUGUGAAAGAGAGUAGUAGGUCGGCAUCUAGGAUUGGCAAUGUGAACGUUAAUGUCGCGGAAAUUAUGCAGGAUUUGGAGCGGGCAGAUAAAAAACUUGAAGACUCGGCAUUUAAUUCGGAAAACGCAUAUCAAAAACAACAUGGUGAGAGUGAAACGGGACCUGUCAAGUUUCUGUAUAGCGCUGCCGUCAAAGAAUUGCCAAAGGCAGAAAAUCAUAUAUCAAAUGUGUCAACAAUUAGUCAGGUAUCACAGAGAAGUUCAAAGGUCAAUGAACAUAAAGGUCAUUUGACCAAUUCUCAUUGUGUCUAUUUGGGAAAUGAACGAAAGUCGGGAGAGACUGAAAUGAAAAGUCAUCAUGGUGUCCAUCAAAAGUCACAGUUAAAAGGUCAUCCGCAGGUUAAUGUGAGUGGACAGGUCAAAGGUCAUGCGCCCCAGCAGGUCAAAGGUCAAAACUUUUUCAGUGAUAGCAAUAAAUCAGAUAUUGACCUUGAUAGGAAAGGUCAUUCCCUAAGUGAUAAUAAUAACAACAAUCAGGGCGACGGAGAAGGGAAGAAGAAAAAGCGUCGCCGACGGCGACGGAAGAAGAAAACAGGGGAGGUAACUGCUGAAAAUGAGGAAACUGUUGGUGCUUCAGAGGAGAUAACCCUUCAUUUUGAAGACGAGGAGGAGUUUCCGGAUUUAUCCGGUUGUGGCGGUGGGUGCCAUCCCGCAAUUUCUAGUCAGUUUCCUGCGGCCACCAUGUCAUACAGUGAUAUCAUCAAUAAUGCUAAUACAUGUAAUGUGCAAUCUACAAAAACCAUAUCUCCAGACGAGCAAUUUUCUCCAGACACUGCAGGUACGUCUUCUGUGAAGGAGAGCCGAAGUUCACGAAAGCGACGGAAAAGACGAGAGGUUGCAAACAAGGCUGCCGACGCAGAAAUGGCUGAAAUAAACCUUGAGCAGCAUAUGCUUGAGUUGAAGAUGAAGCAAAAGUUGCCACUUGCGGCAAAGAAAUCGGUCUCGCCAGUACGGAAUGCUCCGUCACAGGGAGUGUGGAAGCUAACCCCAUCUAGUCCCGCCUCCCAGUCGUCCUCCACUGGGAAGAAGGUUUCCUUGUUGUUGCCAGGUACCGUGGCAACGGAGCCAUCCCAUAAUUCCAGCCCACACCAGCCAAAUACCUCUGCUGUCCGACAGCCAGAAAAUGGAGUGCUCAUGUGGAUCAACCAGGCGUCGCCCUUUGGACUCACUCUUUGA